UCUCAAUCCCACACUGGCACACAUACUACACACACCCCUCGCAGAAAUACACACACUGUCUGUCAGGGACCUUCACUGGUAGCAAAGCAGUCAGGUAGCUGUGAGCCACCAGCUGGAGUCUCAAGAUCUUCAUCCACUUUGAAUGUCGCAAGGCCAUGCAGGCCCGCUGCUGACAGAGGCUUCACCAAACAAGUGUUGGAUAUUCAUCAGAAGAGAAGAUACUGCGACUUUGUAACCCUUGUUUCAUGAAGAUGUUUCCUUGGUCUGCUGUUUUCACCCUUGAGCCCAAAGUGCCCGGCCAGCGAACUACUGAGGAGCUGGUAACCAAUACUCUGAUGCUGGAGCUGGGAGCCAUGGUCAAGCGCACUGAACGUAUCCGCUUAGAAAGGGCAACAGAGGGUCGGCGCCGCCGUCGCAGCUCUUCCUCUACAGCAGACUACAGCUGGCUGGCAAGCACCCCGACCCCACAACCCUACGAGCUCACUCCCAAUGACCUGCUGGAGCUGCAAGACCUCUGUGCCAAGAUCCCUCCUGCACAGUGUGGGCCUGUGAUCGUCAGGUUCAGGAGGCUGGUGUCACAGAUGGAGCCCGAGGUUCAUGAGGUUCCUCGGCUGUUCCGCUCUGUGCUGCGCGACUGCGUGGAUGAGAUGAAUGGAAACGAUGAGGUUCCGACUCAGGACGUGCCAUUUGAGAAGCAGCAGCGCAGCAAGAGCCUCUCCUUUGUCACUUUCCGCACAAAGUUCCGCACAGGGCAUUUCCUAAAGGGCAGCACCUUGAGAGGCUCCAGGGGGAACCUGCAGCAGCAGGUGGAUUGGUCUGAUGAUGAGGAGGAUGGCGAAGGGGAGGAGGAAGCCAUAAAGUCCAGGGCGAGGAAGGGAAGGAGUAAGAGCAUGCCGGAGAUCACCCCUAUAGAGCAGAGUGCUCAGGGUUGAGAAUAGGUGGGGGAGUCAGGAGAGAAAUAAUGCAGAGGGCCAUGUGCAAGGGAGGGGAGGAGAAUCUGUAGGAGUCAGAGAGAAAAGUAGGUGAGUCCAGAUUAUACAGGACAAGCAUUAAUAUGGGGAAGAAAGGACAGAGGAAAGGUAGCUGUCACGGAAACAAGGGACAAAUAUAAAUUUGAAAAAUGUUUCUUUCUAAAUUUUUUUGCUUCUUUCAAAAGAUGGAAAAAAGUCAAGAGAGGACUUAAAUAGAUUCCCUCACUGGCAGCUUUAGAGAAAGAAUUAUUGUUCUGAUGAUUUCUGUUGGGUAAAUGUGAAACUGCUCUUUGAUAUUGUUUUAUGUAAAUAAGACCAAACACACUAAAUACAAAUUAGUUUUGUGGGUAUUAAACCAAAGUACUGGACAAACUAACAUUUUGAUAUGACUAUGGCACUAUAUGAGAAAUCCAUAAAACACUAGCCCUAUUACAGUUUCUAAUGAGAAAGGCAUAAAUCCCUGUAUCAAAUCUGAGGGGUCCUAUUAUGCUCAUUUCACCUCAUAUUUUUGAGUAGUUUUGCCUAAUUCACACUUCAAAAUAAUCCCUCUUUGUCUAAGACUGGGCCUGAAACAAGCUAUAUUAGCUCCUUGCACUUUAAGACCGCUUUAUUCUGAUUGGUAACAGAUGGGUGGGGUUUCUGUGCCUGAAUACAGAUCUUCUUUCGGCUGCUCUCUUGCCACAGUGGAUCAUCUCUCUCCAUCUCAAUCUAUCCCUAGCAUCCACCUCAGUCCCACCAACCUCCUCCAUGUCUUCCUUUACUAUGUCCAUGAACCUUCGUUGUGGUCUUGCUAUUUAUCUCCUACCUGGCAGCUCCAUCUUCAACACUGUCCAUUAUAUCCACUAUCCAUCUCCCUCCCCUCCAAUGGCUGGGGUGACAUACAGAUCCAGGAGACAGGGAGAAAGAAACAAAUGAGCAUUUAGAGCAGUCUGAAUUCUGAGUUGUUGGUUCACAGGGAUUAUUGACCUCAUAGUUUUAAACAUGAGCCAUGUUUAACAUGAGCAUCAAUCAUUAUUACUGUACUGAGAUAAAUUAAGAAUAAUAGGUAAAAAAAAAA